AUGGCACACGUUUUCUACGUGGCACCUUUCUUUCUCUGUCUAACUAAGCUCAGCGUCGGCCAGAGGGAAGUAACCGUUCAAAAAGGACCGCUGUAUAGAGCUGCAGGUUACCCAGUCAGCAUUGGCUGCCAUGUCACUGGCCAUCAGGGACCUUCCCUGCAGCAUUUCCAGUGGUCUGUUUACCUGCUGACAGCCCCGGCCAGGGAAGUCCAGAUCAUUAGCACCAACGAUGACACCUUCUCUUACGCAAUGUACGCUCAGCGAGUACGAAACAAGGACAUCUAUGUGGAGAGGUUGCAGGACAACUCAGUCCUGUUGCACAUCUCAAAGCUCCAGAUGCAGGACGCUGGCGAGUAUGAGUGUCACACUCCAAACACUGAUGGAAAAUACUAUGGAAGUUACAGUGCGAAGACCAACCUAACUGUCAUUCCAGAUACCCUCUCUGCCACCAUGAGUUCCCAGACUCUCAGUAAGGAGGAAGGUGAGCCUCUAGAACUUACCUGCGAAGCAUCCAAAGCCACAGCUCAACACACUCACCUCUCCAUCACCUGGUACCUGAUGCAGGAAGGAGGAGGGAGCCAAGCCACCAGCAUUAUUUCUCUCUCCAGAGAUUUUGUCUUGACCCCUGGGCCCUCRUAUGCAAAGAGGUUCGCAGCUGGCGAUGUGCAGCUCGACAAGCUUGGGACUGCCACCUUCAGACUGUCCAUAGGCCAUCUCCAGCCCUCAGAUCAAGGCAAACUGUUCUGUGAAGCAGCCGAGKGGAUCCAGGAUCCAGAUGAAACCUGGACAUUCAUCACGAAAAAGGAGACAGAUCAAACAACUCUGAGGGUCCAGCCAGCAGGGAGAGAUUUUAAAGUCAGCAUCACAGCAGAGAGCACGUCUGCCGAAGGGAAGCCCUUGGAGCUGGUCUGCCUGGUGGUGGGCAGUGUGCGGGACCCACAGCUUCAGGGCUUCUGGUUCCUCAAUGGGACUGAAAUCGCCAGCAUUGACGCCCGUGGAGUCCUGGACCUGAGGAUGGGCUACAAAGACAGAGCGAGUCAAGGACGGCUCCAGGUUUCCAAGAUGAACCCGAAGGCUUUCUCUCUCAAGAUCUUCUCUGCGGGCCCAGAGGAUGAAGGCGACUACAGUUGUGCAGUGGCAGAGGUGGUGAGAGCUCCGACGGGCUCCUGGCAGGUGCUUCAGAGGGAGCAGUCACCGGUCAGCCACGUGCGCCUGAGGGAGCCAGCAGCAAGAAGCGUGGUCAUAUCUACCAGACAGCAAGCUGUGUGGGAAGGAGAGGCGCUUGCCCUUCUCUGCAAGGCCAGUGGGGUGGAGAGUCCUCUAUCCGUGACCUGGUGGCACAUCCCACAGGACCAGACCCAGCCCAAGCUUGUGGCUGGCAUGGCGCAGGAUGGCACUGUGCAGUUGGGUGUCUCCUCUGGGGACCCCGGUUACCAUGGCAACACGAGGCUGGCGAAGUUGGACUGGGCCACCUUCCAGCUGGAGAUCACCUCCAGCACUGUCUCGGACAGCGGUGUGUACGAGUGCAGAGUGUCCGAAGRGUCCCAGAACCAGGCCAGAGGUCGGCACUGGACGCACAAGAUUUCGGUCACCGUCAGAUCUCUGAACUCAAGUUUACAAGUUAAUCUGCUGAGCCGUCAGCCACAAGUGAAGUUAGGGGACACCUUUGACCUGUCCUGYAUAGCGGGGGCUGACUACUCUGACCUCAGACUGCCUCUCACUAUGAGGUGGCGGUUCCAGCCAGAUGGGUCUCAAGCCUUUCGUCAGCUAGUUCGAGUCACUCACAAUGGCAUCAUCGAAUGGGGGGAUUCCCUGUCCCAGUUCCAAAAGAAGACGAAGGUUUCACAGUCUUCAUUUCGUGCUCAACUCCUCAUCCAUGAUGCCUCUGAGGAAGAGACRGGAAAGUAUGAGUGUGAAGUGGAAGUGUAUGACAGAAAUCCCCUACCCACAGAUAGCCCAGCCAGGGCUUCUGCCGUCUCUCACCCAUUGAGGAUAGUGGUCACUUUACCAGAGAGCAAGCUAAAAGUGAACUCAAGAGAUCAAUCCCAGGAGAUCUCCAUCAUCUCCAACACCAAUAUAGAAUGUAACAUCUUAUCUCGGACCAUUGGAAACCUUCAGUUAGCAAUUAUUUGGUAUUUUUCUCCCAUUUCUUCUAAUGCAUCCUGGCUCAGGAUCCUGGAGAUGGACCAAACCAGUGUUGUAAAAUAUGGGAAUGAAUUUCAUACCCCACAGAAAAAACAAAAAUUUCAUAUGGAGAAAGUUUCCCAAGACUUGUUUCAGCUACAUAUUCUAAGUGUGGAAGACAGUGAUCAGGGCAGAUAUUACUGUGCCGUGGAGGAAUGGCUCUUGUCUACAGACGGUACCUGGAAGAAGCUGGGAGUAAAGAAGUCGGGACUAACAGAACUGAAGCUCAGGCCCACAGGAAGGAAGGUUCAAGUCUCCAAAGUUCACCAGAUGGAAAAUGCUACCGAGCACAGGGAGGUGGCCCUCAGCUGCAGCCUGGAGAGCUCGGGCGGCGAGGCCUCCCUGUACUCUGUGACGUGGUUCAGGAGCAGAGGAGACACGAGGAGCCAGAUGCUGGUGCACCUGCACCACGAUGGCUUGCUGGAGUACGGCGAAGAGGGGCGCAGGGGGCACCUGCACUGUGCCCGGGCUUCCCCUACAGACUUUGUCCUGAAGCUUCAUGCGGUGGAGAUGGAGGACGCCGGCAUGUACUGGUGCAGAGUGGCGGAAUGGCAACUUUAUGGUCACCCAGGCAAGUGGGUCAGCCAAGCAUCGGAUGAGUCGCAGCAAAUAGUGCUCAGGGUGCUGCCUUCAGAGACCACGUUUCCUUCCCGGAUCUGCUCCUCGACACCUUUACUCUACUUUCUUGUCAUCUGUCCCUUGGUCAUGUUCGUUCUUCUGCUCAUUUCCCUCCUCUGCUUAUCCUGGAAGGCCAAAAAGCUGUCGCAGCUGAGUCUCAGAGCUCAGAAAGACAAGUCUCUUUGGGUGGGUCUGAACGGAGCUGAAGGCUGGACUACAGACAGGAGGAAGCACCAAGAGGAAGAUGAAGACAACUGA